CAUGUGCAGUUCACAGGCCGAUCCUGUUGACCAAGCAGCCUAGACUACUCGGUAACCAAAGCCUCUGUCACGGAGUGUCGGGCCCACUGUAGGAACCCGACACUCCGAAUCUGAUAUGUAUUCCUCGUGUCCGUUCUUGUCACCUCUUCAGAACCCAUUGGAUGAGAAGGUCGGUGAACAGGGACCGCUGCCGUGGGGGUGUGUGUGGGAAUGCUGCAUGCGCCUUGUGCUCUUGUUUUUGUUAUUCCGUCUCUAAGGAGACCGGGCAGGGAGAGGGAGGAAUUGUGAGGAAGGAGAGUAGGUUAAUACAUUGUAAUAAUUUUAGAAAUUACAUUGCAUAGGACCUCCUUGACCGGCCAGUUUUGAAACGCAGGUAAAUUAUCACCGCUGUAUCAUUGUAUUAUCACGUUUUUAACUGGACUAUUGACUGAAGAAGAUUUUACCGCACUUUGUUAAAAGACUGAAUUUGAACCACACAAACAAUCGCAUAUAAAAGGCUACCCACAAGUAGGCUAUCGAUUUAAAUGAAACAGAGCGUAGUGGGGUAGUAUCCUCAACUGGCCCAAAUCACCCAUAAAAUGACAUCCGUGGAUCUGACCAUUCGGUCCAGUCCUGGUCCUAACGCAGGUCCUCACAGCGUGACACAGUGGCAACUGAGCGGGACAGACUACCAACCCCGGUCGGCCCUGAGGCAUCGCAGCUCGGUCACAGGGACAGCCAACACCCACUUCAGUGCCUGGACCCCCAUCACGAACAAGACCUCCAACCACCAGGUCAGCCAAUUGUUUGAGGAGCGGACGACCCUGGUGUUUCACUGGUUUGACCUUUGGACUGACCGCCAGAGAGAACUCUUCCUCCAGGCUCUGCUGUCACAAUGCUCCAACUCCCAGCUCAAGUCCUGCAGGGAUUGGCUGAUGCAGAUCGUGCCGGUGACGCGCGUGGACUUCACCUCCAUGUUACCACGGUUCCUGUCUCUCUAUGUGAUGUCAUUCCUGACCCCUCGUGACCUCUGCUCUGCCGCACAGGUCAGCUGGCAUUGGAGGGUCCUGGUUGAACAGGACUGUCUUUGGUCGGUGAGGUGUGUGCGCCGGGGCUGGUUCCUGCCCUAUAAUCCAGGGGACAGAGAGUAUGGUGGGUGGAAGAGCCACUAUGUAUCCUGUGUGUCCACUCUGGACUGGCUGACACCCAGAGAGGCAGCACAAACGUACGGCACCCUCAACAUGCCCUGCUCAGGAGAGAGGGAGGAGGAGGAGGAGAGACGCAGGGAGAGGAGGAUCAGACAAACCAUCAGGGAGAGAGUGGAGGAGCAGAAGAGAGCUUCGCUGAAGUCCAGACCAGCCUGGAGGAGCAACAGCAACAGACCAGGGGGAAUAGUGGUCAGCCGUCCCCAGGGAGAGUGGCUGGUGCCUGGGAGAACGAGGAGCGUUCAGCCCUCUCCAUCCUGGUUGUCAGACAGGACGGGGCGUGUCUGUUUAACCCCUGACGUCAGCCUUAACUUGACCCCCACUCUGACCCUGGAGAAGAGCCAGCUCUCCAGCCAUGUGAGGUCCCAGGCCAUGGGGGACAGUGUGAACAGAGGAGGUUGGUCCACUUCCACCAGUAACAGACCCAGAGCCUCUCCCUUUCUCUCUCCAUCACCACCUCUUCUGCUACUGCUGUCCAACAGGAUACCUGCCUACGAGUUGGUCCUGUGUGGUGUGAGAGUAGGAGUGGUGGUGGUUCUAUACGACCACAGAGGGACCCUUCAGGCUCUGUUAUCCCAGGCAGAGAGGGCUCUGGGUGGGCAGCGAGCUCAGAGACUGGGGGUGCUGGCUCCUGGAGGUACGGAUGAGAUCACUCUGCUGCAAGGCUGCAAGGUGACAGAGAGGAGUGUGCUGACCCCUGACUACAGAGAAUUCUGGGAGAAGCUGUGUGGCUGGGUCGUUCCACCUGAGGAGGGAGGAGGGGUGGACAUCUUCUGUCCCCUCGCAGCGUCUGCCAGAGGAGUGCUGCUGGUCCAGUCUCUGUCUACUCUGACAGAGCUAGAGGUCUCAGCUCCUACUGGGAUGGCCACCGGAUGCUUCCAGAACAUCCUGAGUGAGUGGUCGUGUAGCAGUGGUGACAGGGCCGGGACCGGGGUUAGCGGUGUGUGUGCGUCCCCCGCCCAGCGCUAUGUGUGUGAGGGUGUGUUACAAGGAUGGAGCUGGCAGACCCAGUGGCUGGAGGAAGCUUUAGGAGCCCUGAGGGACCAUCUGGGGCCACAACUACCACGACUGAGUCUGGACACCAGGGGACGAGUACUGGGUCAGUUUCUAUGGGAGGCGGUAGCUCUAGAUCAUCUGAGUGUCUCUAAGGAGGUGACUGUAGCUCUGACUGAGGGUCUCACAGCACUGACAACAGAGGAGACCAGACCUCUGGAGUUCCUCUCUCUCUUCCUGAGACGAUGGGGGGAGAAAAGGAAAGAUAUAAACGGAGGAGAGAAGAGAGGAGUGGAGGAAGGAGAGGAGAGAAGAGGAGAGAGGACGGAAGGAGGAGAGAGGAGCUCUGUGUUUCUGACAGAGAGGGGUCCACACAGACUCCUCAGUCCUAUCCCAGAGAUACUACAGGAGUGGCGUGGUGUAGUGGUGAGGGAGCUGUAUAUCAGUGAGUGUGUUUAUGUGAGGAGGCUGGAGUCAGUAAAGAGGGUGUACCACGAUCCCCUGCUGUCAGCUCUUCAGUCUAACAGAGCCAUCCUCAGCUCUGCUCACAUCAACAUGGUCCUCACACCUGUAACACACUUACUGGACAUCAACAGGUUGUUUCUAUCAGAACUGGGUUCUAGAUUGCAGCAGUGGGAGGCUGAUCAGUGUGUAGGGGAUGUGUGUGUGAAAUUCUGCUCCAAACUUAGAGUGUACACCAACUACCUCAACAACUACCCUACUGCCCUACUCACCAUAGACAAGUGCAGAGAGAUGAACCCUGCUUUCCGAGCUUUCCUAAAGAGACAAGACAGAACCCUGGAGACACACAUGCUGAGUCUGCAGGAGCUGUUGCUGUGUCCAGUGUGGCGUAUGGAGGAGUAUGUAACUCUGCUGCAGGCGCUGUCUCUACACACACACUCUCAACACUCCGAUCACACACAGCUGCCUGGCGUAUUGGACACACUCACCCACUACAGGGACUUCAUACACAAGCUGAAGAGGAACUCAGAGAAAGCCACGAGGAUGCAGGAGACCCAGCGACAGAUCCGGGGCUGUCCAAACUUGUGUGAGGGGGGCAGACAGCUAAUCACCACUCAGGACGCGGCUCUAUUGAAAUGCCCCAGUGAUGACAUCACAGCCUCACUCAGGAUGUAUGAACACGUUUCUGAUGUGGGUCUGUUCUUGUUCAACGACGCUGUGGUUCUGACCGAGAGGAAUGUGUGUCACCGACCCUUCACACACACACACUGCGACACACACACCUUCCUGGCCUCUGUCGCCUUGCACAGCCUCACCCUCAGAGAGAUCACAGACACGCGCUAUGUGUGUCAUGGGUUUGUCCUGGAGGGUCCUAGUCGUGUGUGGGUGUGUGCUAUAGAGAGAGAGGAGGACAAGGAGAGGUUCCUCUGCACCCUGCGUUCAGCCAUACACACUGCCAUCACAGAAACAUAGGGUAGAGAACACUCACCAUAGACAAGGGAAGUACUCUCUCUCUUUCUCUCUCUCUCUCUCUGUCUCUUUCUCUCACACGCAACAGUUUAGCCAGAUCACGCUUGAAAAAGAGGGUUUUGACCUCAUUGGGACUUCCUGGUUUGAUACAAUCCGUCAUUCUUCAAUCAACCACUAGGUGUCAGGAAAGAGGAUUUCUGCAACCAGAUAGUAUGAGUCCCUAUAGAUGGCCAAGCUUCAAGGUUAAAUUUGACUGUAUCGUAAAAAUGUAUAUAACAUGUUCUUGAUUUAAGGUUAGGCAUAAGGUUAGCAGUGUGGUUAGGGUUAGGUAUAAGGUUAGCAGUGUGGUUAAGGUUAAAAUCACAUUUUAAGAAGAUAUUGUAGAACUACACAGGGUUUCUGACUAGACAGGGUUCUAAAAUAUAGUGACGACCUGAGAGUACUACCUUGGCCAGAUAGUGACGACCUGAGAGUAACUUGGCCAGAUAGUGACGAACUGAGAGUAGUAACUUGGCCAGAUAGUGACGACCUGAGAGUAGUAACUUGGCCAGAUAGUGACGACCUGAGAGUAGUACCUUGGCCAGAUAGUGACGACCUGAGAGUAGUACCUUGGCCAGAUAGUGACGACCUGAGAGUAGUACCUUGGCCAGAUAGUGACGACCUGAGAGUAGUACCUUGGCCAGAUAGUGACGACCUGAGAGUAGUAACUUGGCCAGAUAGUGACGACCUGAGAGUAGUACCUUGGCCAGAUAGUGACGACCUGAGAGUAGUACCUUGGCCAGAUAGUGACGACCUGAGAGUAGUACCUUGGCCAGAUAGUGACGACCUGAGAGUAGUAACUUGGCCAAAUAGUGACAACCUGAGAGUACUACCUUGGCCAGAUAGUGACGACCUGAGAGUACUACCUUGGCCAGAUAGUGACGACCUGAGAGUAACUUGGCCAGAUAGUGACGACCUGAGAGUAGUACCUUGGCCAGAUAGUGACGACCUGAGAGUAGUAACUUGGCCAGAUAGUGACGACCUGAGAGUAGUACCUUGGCCAGAUAGUGACGACCUGAGAGUAACUUGGCCAGAUAGUGACGAACUGAGAGUAAAUUGGCCAGAUAGUGACGACCUGAAAGUAGUCCCUAACAGUCCUCCUGUAUUCUAUGUAUGGUUCAUACUUCUUCUGUAUCACUAGUUAACAUUAAACAUGUCAUAACUUG